GUUGUGCUUGCUGCCUCGGUUUGUACCCGUGGGGGGAAGGCCGUGCUAUCGCGGCAGUUCCGUGAGUGAGACUACCCCGCUAUGACUUGUCGGAGGGGCGAAACCGGGGGGGGGGCUAAUUGGUCAUAUAGAAUGCCCCGCUCGAGGAUUGAGGGUCUCCUGGCUUCGUUUCCGAAGCUUACCGACACCGGCACUCAGCAUACUACUAUCGAGACGGAAAACGUUCGAUAUGUCUAUCAACUACUUGUCCGUUUAUACCUGCUUUGGCUUUAUUGAAGGGGGUGGGGGAAGGUUGACGUUGUGAUUAGGAUGAGCUUUAUUUGGUUCUCAUUACAAAUAAACAGUCCAACAUCCUCCAGGAUAUCGACUCCUUGCACCUCUUCGCUCAGGUCGUUUCUUCCAUUUGCAAGUCACUUGACGAACGGGAGAUUCUUAAGCAUUCGUUCGAGUUGUUGAGUGCUUUCGAUGAGGUCGUCUGCUUGGGAUAUAGAGAAAACCUGGGACUGCAGCAGGUCAAGGCGUUCUUGGAGAUGGAGAGUCAGGAGGAGAAGAUUCAGGAGAUUAUCUCACGGGUAUGGCUUUUUCGCUCAACAGCUGGAGGAGGCGGGUAUUGACUGAAAUGCAGAACAAAGAGUUCGAGGCUACCGAGGAGCGGAAGCGCAAAGCGAAGCAGCUCGACCUUCAGCGUAAAGAGAUGUCUCGCAAUCCGACUGGUAUGGGGUCGACAGGACGUUUGGGUGGAUCCCAUUCCUCGCAUUUCCCCACGUAUACCCCUCCACCUAAGCCGGCUGUUGCCGACUCGUAUGAUGCCUAUGAGAAGAAGAAGGCUUUUCCCUCUGCACCAAAGGGUAAAGGUAUGCAGCUUGGCCGCAAAUCCAAGACCACAGAGAUGUUUGAUCAAGUACGCAAUGAGUUAAGCCCCGAGGCGGAGGAGCGUGCUCCGCUCGUCCAGGCACAAGAGGCUGUUGCUUCGCCGAGACAGAGCUUCGGCGGUGACAGGAAGGCUAUUCAGGUUAUCAUUUCCGAGCAGAUUAGUGCCGAGCUUUCCCGCGACGGCGGAAUGAAGAGCUUUGAAGUCAAGGGUGACCUGCAACUCAAGAUCCUUGAUCAAGCCCUGUCAAAGGUCAAACUUGACAUCUCAGCAAACACCUCUGAUGCACAAUUCCGUACGCACCCAAACGUGGACAAAGCGCUGUUCGGCGGACGGUCCGUUAUUCAGCUCAAGGACCAAUCCCGCGGCUUCCCGCAAAACCAGCAAAUUGGAGUUCUCCGUUGGCGCACUACCACCGGCGAAGCCCCACUUUCCUUUACCAUCUGGGUUAAUUCGGGUUCCAGCCAUGGAAAGUACAACGUCACGGUCGAGUACGAACUUUCUUCCGAUGAUACGCUCAGGGAUGUUGUUGUCAGCAUCCCAUUCAGACACGAUGAGCCAUCCGUCACAAGUAUGGAUGAGGUCUACGAGGUUGCGGGGGAUAGUCUUGAUUGGACGCUCCCUUCUGUUUCCGAGGAUAAUGCUACUGGCAGCUUCGAGUUUGAAGCGGAGGCGGACUCUGAGGGAGAGUUCUUCCCGAUGACUGUGAGGUUUAGGAAGGGGAAGCCGAUUGUUCCUGUUGAUGUAAGUUUGUUCUGAGUUUUCUCUCUCCUUUUUCAUUUCCCCUUCAAGGGACCUCGUGCUAAUGGGCUGCAUAGGUCGACAGCAUCACCCUGCUAGAGGUGGGCGAGGGUGUGGACUUUUCCAAGGAGAUUAAGGUUGUCGCGGAUAAUUAUGUCAUUAAUUAGAUUGGGGUUUUAUUUUCUCUUUUCGAUGAUGAUGGUUGGGGGUUAGAAAUAAAAAGUGAUGUGAUGUU